UUACGUCAUAAACGGGUGCAAUCUUUGUCGCCGUGAAUUUAUUUUGACCUAUUUCGCUUGCCGUCGUUGUGUUGGGACUUUUAAGGACAUGCAACAAAAAUUUGCAAUGGACACCUGAAUUUAACUUUUUUGUUUUAUCGCCGCGUCAAUAAAGUUCUAAUCCGGUCCGAAAUUUGCACGGACAUCCCAUGGCUCUUUGGGUGAAGCUAACUGUAGCCGCGUUUCUGGCUUUCGCGUUUCACACAUUCUCCGAUUUGAGUCACAUGCCCAUUCUCUACUACAGACUGGUUCGAAAUGGCGAGCCAAUUAAAAGCACUGUCCGCGAUAGACUCGAACCAUGGGACUAUUUCUUGGACGUCCAACCCUCGCGUUGCAAAAUGUCUCCGGAAAGUCGCUUCGACUGUGCCCGGGACCGAGCGCUUAGUCGCCGAGAGUGUGAAGAGCGGGCUUGUUGUUACUCUCCUCUCAACGACUCGUCAAAAGCUCCGUGGUGCUUCUACCCUUAUUCAUACCCUAGCUACAAAAUGGGCGUCAUGACGCCUACCGAGCGAGGCCAGGCUGCCACUUUGACCCGGGCCUCCCCCUCUUACCUGCCUCGAGAUGUGGCCACUCUCCACCUGGAAGAAAGUCGAGAGUCUGAAGGCUGCUUGCGCCUCACUUUGAAGGAUCGAUGGUCGGACCGAUAUGAAGUUGAACUCCUAACUGGAGUCCCUCAGGGCAAAAUUAGUCGCCAAGAUGCCCUGUAUACCAUUGAGUACCAGCCCAAUCCUUUUGGAUUCGUUGUGAGGCGUGCAUCCAAUGGAAGGGUCAUCAUGAAUAGCACGGUGGCCCCUCUGCUUUUUGCUGACCAGUAUCUGCAGUUGUCCACCACUCUGGCCUCCUCGAUGGUGUCAGGCCUCGGGGAGCAUUACACGUCUCUCCUCCUGGACCUUAACUGGACCUCCCUGACUCUCUGGAACAGGGACAUGGCUCCUCAUGAUGGUGCAAACCUAUAUGGCUCGCACCCAUUCUAUGUUGUACAGGAGGGGGACGGACUGGCCCACGGGGUGUUCCUACUCAACAGCAAUGCCAUCGAAGUCAUCUUGCAGCCUCUGCCAGCUCUGACAUGGGUGUCCACAGGUGGAAUCCUAGACCUGUACAUCUUCAUGGGUCCCGACGCUCAGACCGUUAUACAUCAAUAUCUGCAAGUUAUCGGUUAUCCCAUGAUGCCUCCCUAUUGGUCGUUGGGCUUCCACCUGUGUCGCUGGGGCUACACAAGCACGAAUAUCACUCGACAGGUGGCUCGGCGGAUGCACGAUGCUAACUUCCCCAUGGAUGUACAGUGGAAUGACCUGGAUUACGCAGACAAAGGCAGGAUCUUCACCAAUGACCCCUCGCGAUUCGGGGACAUGACAGAGAUGGUGGAGGAAUUUCACCAAAGAGGCUUGAAGUACGUCCUCAUCCUGGAUCCUGGGAUCAGCUCAACUUCUCCUCCAGGAACGUACCGUCCCUUUGAUGAUGGACUCAAGCGAGACGUAUUCAUCAAAAAUGCCACCGGUCAACUCUUAAUAGGCAAGGUUUGGCCUGGUGCAACGGCGUUCCCUGACUUUACCAACCCGGAGACCAGACGGUGGUGGGAAGACUUAAUUGAGGAGUUUUAUUCGAAAGUGCCAGUGGAUGGAUUAUGGAUUGACAUGAACGAACCAGCCAGUUUCGUUUCGGGCUCACUGGAGGGUUGUCCUGACACAGAGCUUGAGAGCCCGCCGUACACACCCAGGGUGGUCGGAGGCCGCUUAAGCGCUUUCACUCUUUGUAUGUCAGCUCAGCAAAAUGUAUCCACUCACUACAACCUGCACAACAUGUACGGACUGACUGAAGCGUUUGCCACAAACAGAGCUCUGGUAAAAGCGCGCGGGAAGAGGCCCUUUGUUCUGUCUCGCUCUUCCUUCCCAAGCAUCGGACGCUACUCCGGACUGUGGACGGGAGAUGUUAGAAGCAACUGGGAGCAACUUGGAUAUUCCAUCCCUUCGGUGUUGAAGUUCAGCCUCUUCGGGGUGCCCCUGGUCGGAGCGGACAUCUGCGGCUUCGGGGGUGACACCACAGAGGAGUUGUGCGUGCGCUGGAUGCAGCUCGGGGCCUUCUACCCCUUUAUGAGGAACCAUAACGAUCGGCCAUAUGCUCCUCAGGAGCCUUUCGUAUUUGGGCAGAAGGCCCAGGCGGCCAUGCGGAGUGCGCUGAAUCUUCGUUACUCUCUUCUGCCGUUUCUCUACACGCUCUUCCAUCACGCGCACACCUCUGGAGACACGGUGGCCAGGCCUCUCUUCAUGGAGUUUCCCACUGACCCUCAGUGUCAGAUCAUAGACCGACAAUUCCUCUGGGGGAGUUCUCUCCUUAUCAGCCCAGUCCUCAAGGAGGGUGCCGUGGAGGUGGCGGCUUACCUGCCUCCUGGCAUCUGGUACAACCUGCACAGUGUAAGCUGCGGUGGUUUGCUUCAUGAAUUGCACUCACUCGCAUUAUCACGUGAUCAAAUGUUCUGUUUUUUGUUUUUUUGUCAGGGUCAGCCGUCGUACAGUACAGGCGAGUACCUGCUUCUGUCUGCCCCUCUGGACACCAUUAACGUCCAUUUGAGGGAGGGACACAUUGUGCCCCAGCAGGAGCCAGCUUUAACGACAACAGUCUCGCGCACAAACCCCUUUCUCCUGACGGUGGCGCUGUCAGCGGAAGGCUCGGCCCGAGGCGACUUAUUCUGGGAUGACGGCGACAGCAUCGGGAGCUUCGAAAAUGGAAGUUAUUGUUACGUCACCUUCACUGCCGGACAGUCCCAGGUUGUGAGUGAGCCCCUCCGACUAAAUGGAGACUUGGAUGGUCUCGUACUGAGAAGAAUGCAAGUGUUUGGGGUGCCCUUGCCGCCCCAAUAUGUGGUAGCCAAUGGGGAGAAAGUGAGGCAUUUUACGUAUAAUGAUGAUACAAAGGUUCUAAAUGUGAGCAGCUUGGCCUUGCCCAUGUCAAAGAUGUUUACAAUUCAGUGGGCACUGUGACGUGCUGAUUUCGAUUGACCACGAUGCCACUGCAGAGGUAUAGUCACAGCAGCUUUCCACUUCUACACUGGAUCUAAAUAUUGGCUACUUUUGUCCUUGCUAUGUAAAUAUUAAAUCAUGUAAAUUUUUUUCAGUAUUUUGAAUUUUUUUUUAAAUAAAAGAGAAAUAUAUUCACGGUACAUAGUAUAGAAUGUGCAUCAUCGGACGAGGACAUUUCCUUAUUUUCCCAAGGGUCACUUUAUUAGGUACGUCUGCAUUUAUGCAAGAUCUGCAUGAAAAACUUUGUUCAUUGGCACUUGAGUAUUGCAGUAUUCUGUCGCAUUUUACAAGAGUGUGUAAAAGUCGUAAGUGUGACUUGACUCUGUGCUGCGAUACAGAUAUAUAAAAUAAUAAAAAUAAAUCAUGUAUUUGUUUAU